AUGGCGGACGACAACUCGACCGACAGUGCUGUGUUCAAGGAUGCUAAGAUCCUGAACAUCUCGGAAGUGAACCUGGUGUUUGAAAAGUACCUCGAGCACAUGCGGCAAAGAGACCCGGAAUACCAGACCAAUGCUCUCAUGGAGAAGUCCAUGGAGUAUGCGAAACACUUCUGUACGAGUCGAAACAAGGAUGCUCUCCAGAAGAUGAGAGAGCUGCUAGCACAGCAUCACUUCACUGAGCAGGAGCUGGGCCUGAUGACCAACCUACAACCCAUGACCCCCGAUGAGGUGUUCAAGCUCAUCCCCUCCCUAGAUGACCGCCCCUUCCUGGCAGUCAUCCCAAUCCUUGCCAUGAAUUUCCAUGUGCAGGAUGAGUCACGAUUCUCCGGCAACGACAUCCAGCGAAUCAUUGCCGAGCUCGCCCAAUAUAGUGAAGUCAAGUAG